UCCGGCAGAGUGUAGCUCGGCGGUGAGGACGCUGCAACGCGCCCGCACUCUGCGGCCAGAGUGGAUCGCGCGACGUUGCGGCUGCGCGAGGGGCCUUUUCCUGGGAGCCAUCCGGGAAAAGCCCGGCUUAACUACAGGCCUUUCGGCCAUUGGACGGACCCCCCAAGCCGCAGAAGAACGGCGAAAGGGGACUGAAGCUGAACUGAGCUCUUUCCGAGUGGGGAGAGCCCGCUAGGGCGAGGUGGGAAGGAGGGGUGGGGCAUGUUGCGAAGCUCACGGCCAGCGGUGGAUUAUCCGGGACACUUUGCGCCUGGGGGCUGCGAAGUGAGCGAGGAGGACAAGGGCAUGCUCAGUGGUGGCGGCGGUGAUGCGGCCCUUUCCAACGCCGCGGCGCGGGGGCAAGUGGAGGCCGUGCGGCAGCUCCUGGAAGCCGGUGCUGAUCCCAACAGACUCAACCGCUUCGGGAGGCGCCCGAUCCAGGUCAUGAUGAUGGGCAGCGCCCGCGUGGCCGAGCUGCUGCUGCUCCACGGUGCGGACCCCAACUGCGCAGACCCCGCCACCCUCACCCGACCCGUGCACGACGCCGCCCGGGAGGGCUUCCUGGACACGUUGGUGACGCUGCACCGAGCCGGGGCGCGGCUGGACGUGCGCGACGCUUGGGGCCGCCUGCCCGUGGACCUGGCUGAGGAGCGGGGCCACCGCGACGUCGCCCGCUACCUGCGCGCGGCCGAGGGAGACUGAUGGCGCUUGCACACAGCCGCCCCAAACGAUUUUUCUUUUCUCUCCAGUUCCUCACCCCAACUUAGUUCAAUGAGGUCUGCAAACGUGGAGCGGCGGAAGUCUUCCUGGGCGACCUGAUUCCCCGCAGGGAAGGAGGGGCAGACCGGGAAGAAAUUUUUUUUCUCUUUUUUUCUCUGGAUGCAGCCCUCGACACUCACCGUGAAGUGAAACGCAGAGAGGUGGGGCAAAUGGAUUUCCAGCGAGAUUUAGGAGCCGAAUGUGGAAUUCCCAGGUUUAUUUUUCAGGGUUUUCUGGCGAAAAGUGGCACAUGAAGAAAUCCGCGAAGGAACCCAAGCGCUGCGAAUCUUCACACAAAAGAUGCUGGGGCGGAGUGGGAGGCGGCGGUGACUGGCGUUCGGGUGGGAGGCAGGUGAUAACGUUCGCCCUAUUGACCUUGAAAGACCCCCCCCCCUUUAAGCCCCUACGUCAGGCGUUAGGCCCUGGGGAUAUGAGGGCAAAGCUGAAGACGGAGGACCAAGCGAUGAUGACGGUCGUCGUGGGCUCUUUCUUUACAAGCUGCACGGAGCAGAGCAGGUCACGUGCAAAACGCUCCAUACUGGAAGCCUUGGGGACUCGCGCCCAGCUACACCGGAUAGUGACGGAGAAGAGAGGACCCGGAAGCCACCUCGAACUUGCCUGCUUAUUCUAAAGUCCCCAGGGCAAGGUGGUUCUGAACAGCUCUCCGAAAGGGGCGCUCGUUUGCUGUUGUUAAAUAAAGGCGAGAUUCUUGCGGCGUUCCAGCAGUCCGCGCACAGACUGAAGUCGGGGAUUGUAGCGAGAGCAACUGUAGGUAGGCAGUUAACUGUAACGAUUUGUUUAAUCUAUGAACGGUAGGAUACAGAGAGCCCCCUGUAAAUUGCCACUUGAAAAGAUUUCGUGAUAUUUUGUACUUCUGGGUGGUUCUUCAAUAGCAGUCUUACUUACGGAGACUUUAAAUAACAAAGUAACUCGUGGCCCUUGGGAAAGAGGUGAGGAAGAACUACAGCUUUUACACGAAGCUAUGGCACAGUAGCAACGCCCAGAUUGCUUUGAUCCUUAACCUAUUUAUUUCUCUGUUAAAUUUUCUGUUUCCUUUACUACAGUCUCAGGGGGUCAAACGAUGAAAUAUUACAAAUGUAUUUUAGAAGAUCCAUGCACUUACCCAGUAAAUUAUCUCAGGAUAUUUCCCAAAGCGUUGCUAAGAGUAGAUUGAAUAUAAAACUGUUGAAAAUAUAUGAUUUAAAUUUCCAGUGUUGCUUGAUACAUUACAGCAUUGGAAUAACUGAUAUUUCACUGUUUUAAUGUAAAAAAAAUUGAGAUUGGACUCCAAGAUUUUGGCUUAAAACAUGAUUCCAUUCCUAAUUUAAAGAAAUUGUGGAAUCUGAUGACGACCUGAUAUUAAGGGAAACUAAAUCAAGAAAAUGUGGUUGGGUACUACAGGGUUCUGUGAGAUCCACAGCCAUAUAUAUAUUAUAUAUAUAUUAUAUAUAUAUUUGGCAAAUAUAUAUAUAUAUUCGGCAAAUAUAUAUAUAUUUGGCAAAACCAAAACAUCAUACAUUAUUGGAAAAUCAAGUACCACCUGGUUGCACUGAAAUAGUAAUUUAUGAAUACAUGUAAAAGUAAAUUCAGAUUUCAAAUCCACCUGGUAGGCAGAUUUGGUCAAUGUGUUUUAUCAGCAGCACAAGAAGUAUAUACUGUUAAAUCUGUUUAAGAUUUCACUUUGAAGGAUACAUGCAAGCAAAUAUAGCUCUAUAUACAUGAGCCCUGCUUCUGGCUCUAUUUUACAAUUACAGAAAAAUAUACGUGUUAAUUUCUGUAUCUAAAAUAUUACCAAGGUUUGUACACAUCUUACUACCUGGCCUUCAUUGCAAGAUCUGGAAGUGAAAUAAAUUCAGAAUUCAAUAAUGUA